UCAUAUCUUUUAUUCGACUUUCGUUUAUUUUACAGUACAGUGCAAGUGCAGAGCAGUGUGUGAUAGACCUUAAUGAAGCAAACGCCAGCAGCAAAAAAGCAAUAAAAAAAAACUAAAUUAAUAUGGCGGCGGAUAGCUUUUACUUUGGGUGAAACUUCGCCAAUUUUUUACCAAAAAAUAACUAAGUAGCUAAUUAAGCUGUGAAACAAGUAUUACAGUAGUUGAUUUAUUUCUUAACAAAUUACUAGUGAGACUAGAAUUAUAUAGUUAGUGAAAUGUAUGACGAUAGACGCGGUGGACGUGGCUCAAGUCGAGGCGGAGGACGUGGUGGAGGCCGCGGUGGUGGCCGCGGAGGUUCUAGAGGAGGUUCCAGAUCAGAAGAUAGAGGCGGAAGCCGCUUCGGUGGCAGCCGCGGCGGUAGCAGAGACGGUGGGCGCGGUGGUGGAAGAGAUAGUGGCCGCGGCUUCGGCGACAGGGGCGGACGAGAUGACUUUCGUGGAGGGAAAUUCAAGAAUGAUCAGCCUGGCGGAAAUCUUCGAAAGAUUCGCUGGGACGGGAUAACUCUAACACCUUUCCAGAAGAACUUUUAUGUUCCGCACCCCAACGUACAGAGACGUCCAGCUGUGGAAAUCGAAGCUUACCGCAGUCAGCAUCAGAUAACAGUGAAAGGCCGCGAAGUACCGGCUCCUAGCAUGUAUUUUGAGGAAGGUGGUUUCCCCGAUUAUGCUAUGAAGGAGAUUUUGAAACAAGGGUUCCCAAAUCCUACUCCUAUUCAAGCCCAGGGUUGGCCUAUAGCACUGUCUGGACGAGACAUGGUUGGGAUUGCACAAACAGGUUCAGGGAAAACGUUGGCUUACAUUCUACCUGCAAUAGUUCACAUUAUAAACCAGCCGCGUUUGUUGCGUGAUGAAGGACCAAUCGUUUUAGUUUUGGCUCCAACAAGGGAGCUAGCCCAACAGAUACAGCAGGCGUUGAUCUCAAUGAAUGGGAUCGCGGCGGAAAUGAUGGACGGCGAUCAGAGCAACUUGGAUAUAGUGGCCAAUGAUUUUGGCCAGAGUGUGCAGGUCCGUAACACUUGCAUCUUUGGUGGGGCUCCAAAGGGACCCCAGGGUCGGUGCUUGGAGCGAGGUGUGGAGAUUGUCAUUGCCACCCCUGGACGACUUAUUGACUUUUUGGAGAAAGGUACAACCAACCUGCGUCGGUGUACGUACUUGGUGUUGGACGAGGCCGACCGCAUGCUGGACAUGGGUUUCGAGCCUCAGAUCAGGAAGAUCAUUGAGCAAAUUAGACCAGACAGACAGGUUCUUAUGUGGUCUGCAACCUGGCCUAAAGAGGUUCAGAAUCUAGCUGAAGAGUUUUUGGAUGACUACAUUCAGAUCAACAUUGGAUCUCUGUCGUUAUCUGCAAACCACAACAUUCUACAGAUUGUUGAUGUUUGUGAUGAAUGGGAGAAGAAUGAGAAGCUCAUCACAUUGCUCAAUGAGAUAUCUUCAGAGGAAGAAACUAAAACUAUUAUUUUUGCUGAGACCAAAAGAAAGGUUGAUGAUAUAACUAAAGCUAUUAAUCGCGCGGGCUAUAGGGCCCUUGCUAUUCACGGUGAUAAAAAUCAACAAGACAGAGACUAUGUACUGAAUCAGUUCAGACAGAGCCACGGCGGCAUACUAGUCGCCACAGAUGUCGCUGCCCGAGGACUUGAUGUGGAAGAUGUGAAGUUUGUAAUAAACUAUGAUUACCCUAAUAAUUCUGAGGAUUAUGUACAUCGUAUUGGCCGCACUGGUCGAUCGCAAAAGACUGGUACAGCGUACACACUCUUUACUCCGAAUAAUGCGGCCAAGGCGAAGGAUUUGAUGUCGGUGCUGCAGGAGGCUAACCAAGUGGUUAAUCCUAAAUUACUGGAAUUGGCCCAAUGCGGCAUGGGGUUCAAAGGAAAAUAUGGUCGGGGUCGUUAUCGCGACCGCGACGAAGAAUCCCGCGCGGGAGCGGGAGGGGGCCGCGGGCGCGGGGCGGGGCGCGGCCGCGGCGGCCCGCGGUUCGGAGGCGGGGACCGGGGAUCCCGAUGGGACAACUCCGGUAACAGUUUUGGAGACAACCAGAACUCAGGUUACAAUAACAGGAGCGAUGGUUUCGGCAAUAGACAAGGCGGAGGUUACAACCGCGACAAUUCCAGUUUCCGGCAAGAUGGCGACGGAUUCCGCGGCCGCGGCGGCUCUCGUGGCGGAUCCAGAGGCAGUUCGCGGGGGGGCUCUCGCGGAGGAUUCCAAUCCAACUCGUCCUACCAACAACCUCAACAGUACGGCCAAACACAGAGUUACGACCAAUCACAAAACUUCAACAUGCCCCCCCCAACUAGCUACUACAAUAUGUAUGCGCAACCCCCGCCCCCUCCGGGUAACAAAUUCGGAGCUAAAUAGACUAAUUCAACCAUGGAAAUUUGAUAGUUUUCAAAACUGUUUCCAUAAUCUCCAUUCGCGAAAUAGUGCUUUGCUAUUUAAACUUCUAUAAAUUUUUAUUCAUAGUUCUUAGCUAAAAUUAUCUUUUUAGGGUUAUUUUAUAUUUUAAAAUCGAAAGAAUUUUAUUUAUGAUAAGCUCGAAUUUGUGUUUUCAUCUGCGCGCAUUACGUAGUGUUGUGCAUACAUUUAAUGGAUUCUAUGCCGACCCAUCACCGUUGUCCCAACUAUAGGUAGACUCCCUACAUUCCCACGCAACUGUGACACAAUGUGAAAUAGGUAUUUGAGAAUGUGCAAUUCGAAUAAUAAAUUGUGAUUACAUAUUA